GCUGAAUAUGUACCAGAAAUGGCCAAUGACUCAGUUUGUCCUGUAGAUGCCAAGGAAGAACUCCUGGAUGAAUGUGAGAGUAUCUGGAAGCAGAUGGAAGAGUGUCAGAGCAAGCUAAUGCUUCUAGGAAUGGAAACACUGUUAAAGUCGGAUGCCAAGCUUUCCUUGUUAAUGACGCGAGUGAAAGCUUUAACAGCGGAAUAUAAUCAAUGGCAAAAAAGAAGUCCUGAAAUAAUUUCUACAAAUCCAGAUGUACUGUUAGCAUUAGGAAAAGAAGAGUUGCAGAAAGUAAAGGAUGAUCUUGAAAUGGUGCUGUCAACAGUUCAGUCAAAGAAUAAACAACUGGAGGAAGAUCUGAAAAGAGAACAGCAGUGGCAUGAGGAACAGGAGCAGAUACUAGAUGUUCUUAAUGAAAUUGAAGAAGAGACAAAAACCCAAGUUGAACAACUUUCCAAAGAAAGUCUGAAUACUAGAGCAUUUCAUGAACUGCAAAAUAAAAUGUUGAAGCUGAAGCUAUAUAAGGAAGAACUCUUGAAUUCUCUGGGUAAAUUCCUAGAAGAACAUUUUCCCCUUCCAGAGAAAGGUAGAAGUGCUAAAAAGAAGAAGAAUUCUUCUGAAGAGCCAGCUGUAGAACUGGUAACACUGCAUGAAAUUUUAGAGAUUCUUAUAAACAAAUUAAUGAGCACACCACAUGAACCCUAUGUAACAAUCAAUGACUCAUUUUGGCCACCUUAUAUUGAGCUGCUGCUGCGAUAUGGAAUUGCCCUGAGACAUCCAGAAGAUCCAAACAGAAUACGCCUAGAAGCCUUUCACAUGUAG